CUCUGCACUGAGAGAGAGAGACUGCAGCAUGCUGCAUUGCAAUCAUACUAGAGCACAUGAGAAUCUGCCCACAAAAGCACACGUGUGCAUCCAUUCAGCCAUCGGAUCCUCUGCAGCACGAUGUUUGCGAGUGCGUGAGCUCAUUCAGAGAGGGUAACUUGUGUCUUUAGUUGUCUAAAUCUGCUAUCCCCCCCCCCCCCCAACAUCCACGCACAUUGGCGACUCCUCCCACUCCUCCUCCAAACCCCCCAUCCACCCAGGUCGACAGCAGGACGGCGUAGCGAUUCUGGACGCAGCGCUGAAACCAGAGCUUCGCCCUGAAGCGGACGUAUACAGGCAGGCAAAGACACGGCAUUUGGUUCUCGUGUCGCCUGAGGGAUUAUAAUGCAGUGUUUUUUUGCAGGAAUCAGCUGGAGUCAUUGCCACUGAAGAUUCUCUAGGAGACUGAACGCUUUCGGUGGGUGUCUGUCUUGCGUGUGCGUGCGUACCGGUUGUUUUUUCUGAGCCGUUGGACUGACGCACGGAUACUGCAGCAGAACUGCAGGGGCCUGGACGCUAACCUGGAGGACAUGAAGACCCAGUGGAUCUUCCACCCCUGAGCUCCAGACCCCACUGCUGCUGCACAUUCUGCUGAGCUGAGCAGAGCUCCCAGAGGCCAAUAGGAUGCUGACAGCUCGGGAUGGAGCUCGAGAUGAAGCUCAGAAGCUGCACAGGAAAUGGAUGAAGCACCAGGCCUUCAUGGCCGAACUGGCCCGCAACAAAGAAUGGCUUGCCAAGAUCGAACAGGAGGGCGAGGAGCUGAUCCAGGAACAGCCAGAGUUGCGAUCGGUGGUGGAGAUGAAGUUGAAGGAAAUCAGAGAGUGCUGGUCUCACCUGGAAAACACCACAAAAGUCAAGGCCCGCCAGCUCUUUGAAACCCAGAACCACCGCACUACCGACCUGCCUACCAACAACCUUAGUGACCUGGACCAGCAUCUCAACGUCAUACAGGAGCAGCCACCCACACUAGGCUCCGCCCACACCACUCAACCCACCCUCCUUCAGCCCCGCCCCACUUUUAGCCAGCAACUCCAGAGGAUACAAUCGUUGGAAGCCCAAAUGCAGCUCUAUCAUGGCGUUGGUGAAGUCAGGGGCAGCACUGAUCACCGGAGACCAGAAGAAGAAGAGCAAGGAGGUGUGGUGGAGACCCGAAUCGUGCGUCUUAUUGAGCCUCUGAAGGAAAGGAGGCGGAUCCUUCUUGCCUCAAAAGAAAUGCACCAGGUCACCCAGGACCUGGAGGAUGAGAUUUUAUGGAUUCAGGAACGGUUACAUUUGGCCUCAUCUACAGAAUAUGGGACCAAUCUGCAGAGUGUCCAGCAUUUAAUCAAAAACCACGAGGCACUGCAGAUGGAGAUGCAGGCUCGGAGGGGGCGGGUCGAGGAGGUACUGGACAGGGCGGAGGCCGUUGCUGCUCUGAGGACCCCAGAGGUGGAGCUUGUGCGGGAGGGGGCGGGGCAUGUGAGGCAGCUGUGGGAGGUGCUCCAGGUAGAGAUGGAACGUCGCACAGUGAUGCUGGAUGCUGUGAGCCAUGCCCAGCAGUACUAUACCCAGGCAGCGAAGGCGGAGUCUUGGCUCAGUGGACAGAAACUUCAGGUCCUCAAUGAGGAAAAAGGAAACGACGAGGCCAGCACUCUUAGGUUACUGAAAGAGCAGUUGGCCUUAGAUCAAACAGUAGAGAAUUAUGCAGAGACAGUGGGCUCACUGUCCCAGCAGUGCCGUCGCAUGCUUGAGUUGGGACAUCCAGAUAGUGAGCAAAUCACCAAACAGCAGGCUCACAUAGACCGGCUGUAUGUAUCUCUGAAAGACCUGGUGGAACAGAGGAAAACAAAGCUGGAGCAGCAGUACUGGCUGUAUCAGUUGAAGCGAGAAGUGGAGGCGCUGGAGAAAUGGAUCUCUGAGAGGGAGGCUGUCGCCAGCUCCACUGAAUUAGGCCAGGACCUAGAGCAUGUCACGGUUCUGCAGGGCAGCUUUACUCAGUUCUCCUCUGAGACACGUGCAGUGGGUCAGAAACAGAUGGAUUCUGUCAAUAAGAUGGUGAAUGAGAUGAUUGACUGCAGUCACUCUGAUGCCGCCACCAUCGCAGAGUGGAAGGACGGACUGAAUGAGUCCUGGGCGGAUCUUCUGGAGCUGAUGGAGACCAGAGCGCAGAUGCUCGCAGCUUCGUACCAAUUGCACAAGUUCUUCACUGACUGUCAGGAGGUGCUGGUCCAGAUCGAGGGAAAGAUGAGACAGCUGCCAGAGGUGAGGUCCUGUCAGGUGAGCUCGGCCAACCCUGGCACACUGCAGAGACUUCUGCACUCUUUCGAGCAUUCCCUGCAGCUGCUGGUCUCGCAGGUGCGCCAACUGCAAGAAAAUGCAGCUCAGCUGCGUGCAAUUUACGCAGGGGAGAAGGCAGAUGCCAUUUUGUGCCGUGAGCAGGAAGUGAUGCAGGCCUGGAAAGAGCUCCUCGUUGCAUGUGAGGGCAGCCGUGUGCAGGUUACCACAGUAACCGAUAAGAUCCAGUUCUUCGCUGUGGUGCGAGAACUGAGCAUGUGGAUGGAUGGAAUCAUGGGACAGAUUGGCUCGACUGAUGAUGCCAGGGACCUCUCUGUGCUGGAGGGCAUGAUGUCCCAACAUCAGAAUUUGAAGAGUAAGAUAGAUAACAAGAGCAAGAACUUUGUGCAUUGCGUGGAGAUGGGGAAGAUGCUGCUCGCUGCACGCAACCCCGCAGCUGAAGAGGUAAAGGAAAAGCUAGAAUAUGUCAUGGCAAAGCAGAAAGACUUGAAUGACCGAUGGGAACAGCACUGGGAGAAGCUUCAGCAAGCCCAGCAGAGGCUGCAGUCUACCCAGCCGGGAUUGGCAGAGCAAUCCUGGCUCACAAUCAAGGAACCAAUCACUCCAAACACUCGUGAGGCAGGGGGCGGGACAGACGAGGUGGAGGAGCUGAUUCGCCGGCAUGAAGCAUUCAGGAAGGCUGCAGCCACAUGGAAGGACCAUUUCAGCUCAUUACGACAGGCAGAGAAGAUGAAGGAGGAACUGAACAAGCCACCUUCUACCUCUUCUCUCCUCAGUAGGCAGAUGUUCCCUCUCUCCUGUCUUGUGCCCAGCUCCUCUUCCUCAUCCUCGUCCUCCUCUCUUUUCCGUAACCCUCUUCAGGACUCACUUCUGGAGUCCAAGCCCGGGCCGGACCUCAUGCACGCCACAGAACACAUGGUGGCACACACACUUGCUCAGCGGCUUGGGUCCACCCUGAACCCCUACACGCCCGUUAUGAAUGGCUCCUCCUACCACGGGCUAAACCAGCCAUCAGGGGUUGUGGCAGAGGGUCUUUCCUACCAUGGGCUAAAACAACUGGGUGUUUCAGGGUUGGAUAACUCUAGCUAUCAGGGGUUAAACCAAGAAGUUGGUGUCUUGGGGGCGAACAGCUCCAGCUACACUGGACUAAACCAACAAGGUGUUUUAGGAGAGGACGGUUCCAGCUACCAUAGCCUGAACCAUUUAGGUGCUGUGGGGAUGGUAGAGCCCAAAGUAGGAUAUGCUUGGCAGCACCUUAAAGCUGACUGCUUUCAGCCCAAAAUGAACCACAUUCACAAAGCUGUUCCACCUUUACUGGAGGCUCACCGAGCUCAGCUCGCCGGUGGAGGAGCAAGUGUCCCAGCUCCUCCUAUGGGCCUGGACCCCUCCCUGGAGAUGAUCCACAGCCGUUUACAAAGAGACCCCCGUGGGAGCCGCUCUGACCCGCAGAUGGAUCAUCUGCGGCGGGAGAGAGAAUACCGGCUUGGCCGGCAGACCUCCAGCGAGCAGGAGAUCCAGGCGCGACUUAACGAGCUCCCGCUGAUUGUUAGGCAGGAACGCUACCGUCGAAGAAUGGAGAGACAGUCGUCCAGUGAGCAGGAGGGCAGCGGUAGGCAGAGAGUACAGAAACAUGACUCCAGCGAUGCAGAGUCUGGGAAAGAGCCGUCUGACAAGAAACUAUCUGGGGAGAAGCGUUCCACUAUGGCUGAGAUUGUUGAGCAAGUGCAGGAGAGAGAAGCUUGCCAUGCGAAGGGAGAGGCGUACAGACCAUCCAGUAGCCUCUCUGCACCAGUGAGCCGCCUGGAUCGCCCUCGAGCUCGUGACCGCCCCAAACCACGGCGAAGACCUCGUCCAAAAGAACCCGAAGAGCCACGGAGGUCCCGUUCUGCACCUGCUCAGAGCGUCCCAUCCACACCUCAGCCUCCUACCCACACUGUCAAUCACGAGGGCUUCUUGUACAGGAAACACGAAGAGGAGGGGAAAGAAAGAAGCCCAAACAGCAAGUCGUGGGUUAAUCUGUUCUGCGUGCUCAAACAAGGGGAGAUUGGUUUCUACAAGGACGCACGACACAAGACCACACCCUACAACGAUGAGCCACUUCUCAACCUGGCCAUCUGUGAAUUUGACACUACCAACGGAUACAAAAAGAAGAAGAAUGUCUUUAUUCUCAGGACCACUGCUGAAGGGGACUACAUCUUCCUGGCUAAGGACGAGGAGGAUCUGAAAGGUUGGGUCAACAGUAUCAACGCAAGUCUGAAAGAGAUUGAGGAAAUUGCCAAGUGGGAAAAAGCCACAAACUCCUCAACUGACCCUGAUAAAUCAGAGCGCAAGGAACGUUCUGAAGGGGCGGAGCCAUUGGAGGGGGCGGAGAGAUCAGAGAGGUCAGAGAAGUCUGAGCGUUCAGACCGAUCAGAUAAAAUAGAGGCAUCGGACAAAAGCUCAGAAAAGAGGGACGCAUCUGAGAAGGAGAGAGGAGAUAGAGGUGAAAGGGGAGAGAGAGAGAGGGGCGAAGGAGGAGACCGGGGUUCCAGGGGUUCCAGGGGUUCCAGCACUUCGGGAAAAAGCAAAUGACUCAUCUCUCGACACGUUUAUUUACUCAUCCAUCCCUCCAUCUUUCCAGAGAGAAGACAGGACUUGCAUUUCUCUGUCUCUGUCGCUCUGUUUGUCCUGACAGCCUGAUUUCAGGACAGAUGUAAUUGAAUAUGUUUCUUGAAUGUGUCGAUGUGUGUCUGUGUGCGUGUGCCAAUGUGUUGAAGAGAACGUCUGUGAAAGAAUCAGUAUAUGAACGUAUCCCAGCAUCAGAGGGCCCGUUCAGCCGCCCUGCUCGACUCUCACAGAAAAGGCACUUUAGAUUAUUGAGGAUGACUAUAGCCCUUAAUAUUUUAGAAGCGUUUUCUUGAAGCAAUAUACUGUAUGUAGUAACCGAUGGCGCUUGUUUUAGCUGCUCUGCUCUUCCAAGCGAGUGCGAGAGAGAGAGAAGUGACAGAGAGGACUUUCCGAGAGAGAAAUCUGGUGCGGUAGUAGGGACAGUGUUCCUCCUGAUCGACAUCCUUACACAGCCCAACACAUGCAUACGCACAUGCACAGUGCAUCAUGGGAAAAUGUUCGGUAUGGAACACCAUUCUCUCACCUGAGGCCGCACACGUCUUCCACCUGCUGCUCAUAGUAAUGGUUUUAAUCAUGUGAGAUGCUUCACAGUGCUGAGGUGAGUGUGAUUCGGUCCAAAGUAUACUCGAAGAAGUCUCAAUCACAAUACGUGAACAUAAUGUGGCAGUGUGUGUGUGUGUGUGUGUGUGUGAAUACAGCUCCAUCCAGAAAGAGCUCAAAUGUACUAUGUAUAAUCUCAUUGAUCGUAUUUAUUAGGUUAUCGUGAUUCGAAUUUAAAGUGCAAGGUUAUUCUUCCCUGAACUAAGAGGAAGUACGAUCACCCCCCGUAUGUGUACAAAUAUGCUGCUUUUUAUCAUCUCUGCCCCCUUACAUCACUCUUUGAUUGUAAAAUUAGUACACAUAAAAUAGGGUGUCUGUGACUUUGUCAUGCUAUAAAGAAAAAGAUUGUAUAUAUAUAUAUUUGUAUAUAUACUAGUAAACGAGAUUUACUUCUAUGAACUGCAGCGUCUAAUUACAAAAAAAAUAUAUCAUUUUUAUCAACUUCUGAAAAUGUAACAAGUUAAAAGUUGUUUUAAAGUCCCCCUGGCUGAAUUUAGGUGGUAAACAUGCGCGUUAGCCGCCGUUUCCAAGAUCUCUUGCAUAUGGAAAGCAACUUUUACUGUUUACGGUUUGUUUUUUGGGCCAGGGAGAAAGAUCAGGAUCCUUGUAAAAAAAAAAAAGAAAUCACCAUUAAAAUACUUUUGUGUUUAAUUUAGAUGUUAAGAGAACUGUUUCCUGACAGCAGUUGCAAUUAAUAUUGACAAAGACAAUGACUUUCCCCCUAAAAUAGUUGAAAUAUAUAUGUGCAAAUUAUAUUUACACAGAUAUGAUACAAACAAAAAUAUCAUAGUAAACAAGAAUCGUUAAUAAACAUUACAAUUUGUCUGUUUUUAAGGUGUUUUUUUCCACUUGUUUGUACUGAUGGUCCUAUACAGCUUUAUUUUACGUUGUAAAUCAUUUUGGUGAGGUCAAGCUUUUCCUCUCUGGCUCUGUUUUCACCACAAAAAUUUUAUCUUCUGAGUUUAAACUCUGACUGGCCUCAUUGUCUAUGCAACAGCAUCAUAUUCAAACUAAGACCAAUGUCUGAACUUGACAUUAGACCUUGUAGAAACUAGCCCUGUGAAUCUAAAUCUGUGAAUAAUCACAUUCAUUAUAAUCUAACACUGUCAACAAACUUCUGCUUGGAAGAUAAAAAACAUUAGGACUCGUCUGAUGGGUUUUUUGUGACAGUUUUUUCUCACUGUGGGUGCCUUAUGAAUGCAUGUAAUAAGCAGAUGCAGGCACUUCAUCCAGUAUUACAUUCAGUAUGUUUCAGAUAAAACUUGCAUUUAUGAAUUCAAUUAGUUUUGAUCACAGAAAGCAUUUCUUACAGACGCUUGACCCCGAUCAGCUCCAGUUAAACAUGCAAAUAUUGACCUGCAUGUUGGCUGCUGAGCUGAUUAUGUGCAUUUGCUUUCAGAAGUAGUUAGUUCCUACGGUCACAUGACACAAAACAGCCCCUUAUGACAGCCAAAAACAGUCACACACCCUCUGGACUGGCUUAGACUUGGUAUGGGUCAAAUCUGGAUGUCUUUGAUUAUAAUGUCAUAGAAACUGCAUAAAUGGGGUCUAAACUUGUUUUGCACUAUGUAUCUGUGUUUGAUAAAUGUGAUUGAAUGAAUGUCUGUUACCAAAAUGUUGCUCUGUAUGUCUCUCUCUUAUCUUUGCUGAAGCAAAUUCACUCCUGACAACCAGUCAACCAAGUCCCCCUCUCAAAGCAUAGCCACAAAAAAAAAAAGGCAAGCCAAAAAAUUUAAACUCAUCUGACUUCACUUUCAUACUCUUGUACAUAUGCAACAUUUGUUUCAGAGUGACAUUGACUAUGGUCUACCUGCAAAAAGCACAAUUUCUCCCCAAACAACAAUCUGGAGUAUUAAAAAAGACACUGGGAAGCACUACACCAUGAUCCCUGCAUUUCCUAAAGCUGCCACAUAUGGUCAGUGUUGCGAUUUCACUGCAGUGCUAAAAUAACUUUUUUUUAAAUAACUGAACUCUUCGAUUAACCCAGAAAUGUUGAUAGACAGAGUCACUACACUGCAUAUGUGUAAGUAAUUUUUAGACCAUGUGGUCAGUUUUUGGUUUGCUAAACCUUCCUUUGUUUCUUUAGCAGUGCCACUCACUUAUCUCCCCAGCUUGACCUCACCAGCAAGUCUUUAUAUUUUAAUUCAUUUCUGAAAGAAUGAAAAAAAAAAAAAAAAAAGCCCUAAAAUAGACAGUGUGGGUUGCCCUUCUUUAUUCAAAGUUCACACAUUACAUCAAAGAAAAACACUAUUAAGUUGCAUGAAAGAGAAUAUAGAGGUGAUUUCUAUGCAACAGCUGUGCAUGUUUAUCAAAAGGGUUUCAAUCUUCAGCAAAGCACUGGGUUUGGAUGAUGAUAGAGAAAUGAGUGGAAUGAGCAGAUCACUUGUAUAGCUGAAAUUAAACAUUAAAUAAUUUAUGUACUGAUAUCUGCACUACUUCAUAAAUACAGGUUGUAUAUAUCA